UCCCUAGAGUGGGAUGACGUCAAAUACAAGAUGGAUGGAAUCACGACUGCUUCAUGCUCAACGCAACUCUGAAACAAAGUCCAGUGUCGGAGCUCCGGGGCAUCCAAAGCCACCAAACUAGGCCAAAAUGGAGAGCCUGGGGUACUACUGUAACCCUUCCCAUGGUAUUUCACUGCUGGGUGCCCUCAACGAGCAGUGGUUGAAGGGUCAGCUCUGUGAUGUUGUGUUGUUAGUGGGUGAUCAACAGUACCAGGCCCAUAAAAGCGUCCUUGCAGCAUGCAGUGAAUAUUUCCAGUCUGUGUUCUCCAGAAGGGACUCAGAGAACCGCUCCAUUGUUCAGCUUGACUUUUGUGAGCCUGAUGCAUUUGAGAUUGUGCUAAACUACAUCUACUCAUCAUCUCUGUUUGUGGAGAAAUGCAGCCUGGCAGCUAUACAGGAGAUGGGAUAUAGCCUCGGCAUUCCCUUUCUAACCAACAUCAUGUCUGUAAGACCUCAGGCGUCAUACUCUGUGUCAAGAAAACGGAUGUCGCUCUCUGAGGAGGAGGAUGGUGCUUCUCAAAAGAGAAGUGUUAUUGUACAUCAAGGUCAAGGUGAGCAGCCUGGCAUGGAUGUGUUUCAGAGGAAAAGUUCGACUCUUCAGGGAAAACUGUUUAAACAGGCCACAGAGCCACCUUCGCUCACACACGAUUUUAGUAAUCAGAGCCAAUCCUCAGGACACGUCAGACCAAAUGAAAAAGAGACAAACAGUACCUCUAACAGCAGAAAUUCAAACAAAAACAAAGACGAUGGUGAUUGCAGAUAUAUCAUCUCCUCACCAACAUCCAUACUGAGACGUCGAACUGAAUACCGAUCGGCACCUAUGAGGCCACAACUAACAUCCUCAGUGUCAUUCAGUGAGUCUGUACAGCACACUAGCCUACAUUCAGAUCAAACUGAAGGCGCCAUUGAUGGAAGAAUGGAAGCAUUUCAUGAUUCCAGGCCAGUGGGUGAUCAUCAAGGUCCAUGCAACCAAACCGUAGACCGAAGUGGGCCACUUAUUAAAAGUCUGCUGCGCAGAUCAUUGUCAAUGGAUAGUCCCGUUCCUGUAUUUUCUCCAGCUCUGGAGCUGAAGGACUCACAAAGUCGAGAACAGUCUGUAGUCAAGUUAAUUACCACAACAGCAAGGUUGCCAUCCCCUGAAAAUGAGGAUCGAGAAAUGCCACUUCUUCUCAGGUCGAGACAACGAAAUGCAUACGAGAUGGAUGGCACUCAAACAACUCAACUCCGAAUUAAAGCGGAGCCCAGCAGUCCCCUUGCUGACCCUUCUGAAAUUGUUCGCAUUACUGUUGGAGACAAUCUGCCGGUAAAUUUCAAAGACUUUCAGGCAAACUAUGAUGAAGGUCCCAGAGGGUACUUCACUCCCUCGAUGAAGAGGAAGACUAAGAUAGAUGGUAGUUAUAUGCCCUUUAAGAGAUCUAGGCCUGUUAAUGAGCAUCAUCUGUUGCAUCAUGAAAGCACAUUUGAUGAGGUACCCUACAAUUCCAACAUGGACAAUAGUAAUGAAGAACCUGGAGAACUUCGGCCAAACAAAAUGUUUAAGUGCUGGAACUGCCUGAAGGUUUUCAGGUCCAGUGCAGGUCUGUAUCGCCAUGUGAACAUGUACCACAACCCAGAGAAGCCGUAUGCUUGCGACAUCUGCCACAAACGCUUUCACACAAACUUCAAAGUCUGGACUCACUGCCAAACCCAACAUGGCGUGGUGCAAAAUCCCGCACCCUCUUCUAGUUCCUAUUCUGUCCUGGAUGAAAAGUUUCAGAGGAAGCUAAUUGAUAUUGUCAGAGAGCGGGAAAUAAAGAAGUCCUUGAUUAUGAAGCUCCGGAGAUCCAAGCAAGGCCUGCAGUCACAACCCUUCGGCAGGAAAAACAGGCGAUCGAGGUCCUACGGAUGCCCCUACUGUGGUAAAAUGUUUUUCUUUCAAUCACACUUAAAACUACAUAUGAAAGGACACUCCGCUGAGCCGGCUAACCUUGACAUGGAUGCAGAGAGAGACCUUCAAUACAAGCAGCAGCAGCAGUUGACACAUCUUAAAGAAAGCCAAGAUAAGGACAUCUUUUCUUGCCGGCUCUGCAAUGAGAAACUGCCCUUUUUGACUGAAUUAGAAGACCAUGAGAGAGCUUGUAGGUAUGCUACCGUCUGCCCAUACUGUGGACUUCGAUUCUCCAACUCAGUUGUCAAGAAAGACCACGAAGCUCACUGCAAGUACAAAAAGCUGACCUGUCUUGAGUGUAUGCGCACGUUUAAGUCUUCUUUCAGCAUAUGGCGUCAUCAGGUGGAAGUUCACAAUCACAAUAUGAUGAGUGUGAAGGAGCAGUUGACUCUCGGUCUCCAGGAGAGCAAUCUUGACGAAACAUCCAACGUUCUCGGAGUUCCUCCUCCUUCUCAGGAGUCGAUACGUGACUCCAGAGAGGAAGCAGUGUACAGUGACUCAUCAGUUCCGCCAAUGUAUGAUUCUGAAGACUCAUCGUCUUAUGUCCCAGAGGACUUGAGCGCUCACGGUCAAGGGGAGCUGCAGGUCAAAGAGGAACCUCAAGAGGAAGCAGUAUCAGCCAAGGAUGGCAUGAGCACCGCUUCUGUUGGAUCCGAGGAACCAGGCGUUUGGCCUUGUGAGAAGUGUGGGAAGCUUUUCAGUGCCCACAAAGACCUGGAACGACAUCAGGAACUGCUUUGCCACAUCAAACCCUUCAUCUGCCACAUAUGUCACAAAGCAUUCAGGACCAACUUCCGCCUCUGGAGCCACUACCAGUCCCACAUGUCCACGCCCGAAGAGCCAGGGAUGAGAGAGAUUGACAGGCUUCAGUCUUCUCCAUCUCCUUCUCCACCUCUCACAAUUUCCAUCCCAGAGCCUCCAGCUUCUCAAGAACCUCCAUUCAAAGCAACCCAUUCUGGGAUGGACGCCUCAGAAGAGGAACCUAGAGGCUCCAUGUCACCGUCAACCAAACUCAAGAAGCCAGAGCAGGACAAAAAAGGUGACGAUGAGCCUAGGGAACAAUCUCACGGCAAGUCCGACAGCACAGACAAAAGUAUCACCCCUCAGGAAUCUGACACGCUAUUUUACCAUGCCCCAACUCUCUCUGCGCUUACCUUUAAACGGCAGUACAUGUGCAAAUUCUGUCACCGGACAUUUAAGACCGCUUUCAGUCUGUGGAGUCACGAGCAGAGCCAUACGUAAGAGUGCAGAGUUGCACAUUUGUAGCCCUAACCAUUAAAGUUGACUAACUUGGACCUUGUCUC